UGUUAUUUCCUAUAACUUUUUUCGUAGGCUAGUUCCUUGCAUAGCUCACUCAGUCUCUGAAGCUAUUCACCAUCACCCUUUUCUCCAUUUGUUCUUUCUCGUUUUUCACAGUAUUGAGCUCUUUCGUUUCGUAGUCCUCGUCGACACCAACACUGGUACUUGUUAUCAACAUGGAAUCCCACAAGAAGCGUAAAUCCAGUAAGGGUCAAGACAUGAUAAGUAACCUCCCUGACUUCAUUAUUGGUCGCAUUCUUUCUUUUCUCCCUACCAAAUAUGCAGUCCGUACAAGUGUUUUAUCCAAGAAUUGGACAUACAAAUGGACAUUCAUCACCAAUCUGAACUUUAGAGAUAGAGUGGGUUAUUCUUCCAAAAUAGUUAGAAAAAUUGUCUUCUUGAGCUUUGUGUACAGAGUACUACUUCAUCUCAAUAGUUCAAGCAUCCAGAGUUUCUCACUUGAUUUAUUUGGGAAGUACGAAUCUUUGCAUGUGGAUCAGUGGAUAUCUGCUGUUGUAAGCCGGAGAGUGAAAAAGCUUUGGAUCAAGCUUUACCUUAUUUCAAACAAGGAUCAAGCUUUACCCUCGCAUUUCCUUCUGAGAUACAGGUCUUUAGAGGAACUGGUGCUAAAGGUGGAACGUUGUGAUAUUAAAGUUCCCACCUCUGCUCUUUUUCCAUCCCUCACCCUCCUGAAGUUGUCUGGAAUCCAGUUUAUUGGUGGCCCUUCUAAUGAAUCUGGAAAUGUUCAACUUGAUUUCCCAGUUCUGAGAACUUAUAAGACAGAUGAGUGCACUUGGUCAUCAAGCUUAAAGUGUGUCACUUUAGAAGCACCUCUGCUUAAAGUGGUUUCUAUAGAGAACUUUAGACGUCGGUCUGCAUCUAAUAAUUCAUAUACUGUCCUAAAGUUUUGUGUUUCAAGUCUUGCAGAAUUCACUUAUAAAGGUUAUCUACUACCGGAAACUAUUGUGUUUGAUCUAUCUGCAGCACAUAUUGCUUCUGCUAAGAUUGAAGUUGAUAUAUAUGAGGAGGAGAUUAGUGUGCAAGAAAAUGUGGCUCUUUCUAGUAAGCUUCUGAAGCAAUUUCAUAAUGUAGAAUUUUUGAAGUUUGGGAAGUCAGAGAAGAAGGGGUGGCUAGCAAAAGAUUCAUUGAAAGAUCUUCCUUCAUUUGAAAUGUUAAGUCAUGUGAAGCUAAGAAAUGUUAUUGGUGAAACUCUUUUGGCCUUACUUUUCAAGACACCAAAUCUAAAGACUCUUAUUUUCCAGGUAUUUCCGCAGUUAGCAAAAGAUUCCCUGGCAGAUCUCCCUACAUUUAAAAGGUUAAGUCAGCUGAAUCUGGGAAAGGUUACUGGUGAAAUUCUCUUGGCAUUACUUCCAAGAACACCAAAUCUGAAGGCUCUUAUUUUUGUGGAACUACUCCAAUUUGACCAAGAACAGCUGAAUUAUGACUGUGUGCCCGAUUGUUUUUCAACUACUCUUCAGGUGGUAAAGUAUUUGAGUUUUGAUGGUUUUGAGCAUGAGUUAAGUUUUGCUAAAUUUGUGAUGGAAAAUGUUGUUGCUUAG